UCUUAAGUCAGUUUAGUCGCUAGACGCGUGUUGGAAUGACGCUUACGCGUUCGCUCGGGCAGUUACUUACCACUUUUUUUUAAAUGUGAUAACUUUUACAAAUGGAUUGUGAUUGUGUACGGUAACAAUAUUACACAAACUUCGGUUCCUCAAUAGUUCGAUGGACAUUCUCGUGGUGCUAAUAACUUUCCUUACGAACGCGCCUUGUCAGGUUUAAAUGUCCAUCAUUACUGGUCAUAUUGAGUGUGUUGUUGGUGUUGUUACGUCGAAUCGAUGUGUUGUACGUGUGUAGUUGCAUUUGUUAAACUCAACAGUCAUGGAUAACAUAGCGAAUAACAAUUUGGUUUCGAAUUUACCUGAGGAACGCGGCUGGGAGUACAAACAAAUAUGCGUAACUCGUGUUCCGGGCUAUGGCUUUGGAAUUGCAGUUUCCGGAGGAAGAGACAAUCCACACUUUGCUUCAGGUGACCCCAGUAUUGCCGUCAGCGAUGUCCUAGCGUCGGGUCCUGCCGAAAGAAUUCUACAGGUCAACGACAGGAUUAUUUCAGUCAAUGGAAUAUCUCUCCAGAAUGUUGAUUAUGCUACAGCUGUUCAAGUGCUGCGGGAUUCGGGAGAUACAGUGACUUUAGUGAUUAAGAGAAGGACGGUUCAGCAUCAGCAUAGCCAUAGUUUAAGUGCUUCAUAUACGGGAACGCCGUUAGCAGCUUUGGGGAUUAAUCCCUUGCCUGCUAAAGUGACUUUAACCAAAAACUCAAAGAAAGAAGAUUUUGGUAUAGUUUUGGGGUGUAAACUCUUCGUCAAAGAGAUCUCGUCUAAGGCAAGAGAUCAACUACUUAACACCAACCAGGUAUUGGUUGAGGGUGAUUUUAUUACAAAAAUUAACAAUACCAAUUGUAAUGAUUUAAUGUCAUUGAAAGAGGCUAAAAAAAUAAUUGAUAGUACAAAAGAUAAACUGCAACUUACGAUUGCGCGCGACUUAUCUUCGAAUAUUUCUCAUCAAACGCAAAGUUCUAUUAGUACUACCGGUGCUGUUAAUAAUUUUUACAAAGGCGAUGAUUUUUUGACAUCGCAAAGUUAUUCAAAUCAAAAUUUAUACGUCCAACCGCCGACCAGAAAUCCAAAUCUUAACACGAGCGGUGGUUUCGAAGACAAACUUGAUCCUAGUAGCGGUCCAAAUUCAUUGGUAGAUGAUAAGAGUAAUUUAGCACCUAGGGGAAGAUCAAGAGGACCUUUAUCAGAGGCUAAUUUGAACCAACUGGAAAAUAGGAAUAGUUUAGGGGGUUACGGGAGGUCUAAAGGCAGAGAUGAACCACCGCGACCACCCCCUCCUAGAGCUGAAGGUAAUGCAUGGAAAGAAGCAACGGAACUAAAUAAAAGUGAUUAUUAUAGUUCUCGAAGACAAAUAUACGAUGAUGAUCCCAUCAUCCAAAAGAAACAACCAAUCCCCGACGCGAGGUUUGUAACAUUCCACAAAGAGGGUUCAGUUGGUAUCCGUUUAACAGGUGGUAAUUUUGUUGGUAUUUUCGUCACGGCCGUCCAGCCUGGUAGUCCUGCAUCCUUGCAAGGACUGCAGCCAGGUGACAAAAUUCUCAAAGUGAAUGACAUGGAUAUGACGGGUGUGACCAGAGAAGAAGCAGUACUUUUCCUUUUGAGUCUUCAAGAUCGUAUCGAACUUAUAGUGCAAUAUUGUAAAGAAGAAUACGAUAAUAUAGUUGCGUCGCAGAAGGGCGAUAGCUUCUACAUUAAAACUCAUUUUCAUUACGAUAAUCCAGCAAAAGGCGAAAUGUCCUUCCGGUCGGGUGAUAUUUUUCAUGUGAUAGAUACUCUGUAUAAUGGUGUAGUAGGCUCGUGGCAAGUGUUCAGGAUUGGACGCAACAAUCAAGAGGUGCAAAAGGGAAUAAUUCCGAAUAAGUCCCGAGCUGAAGAAUUAGCAACGGCACAAUUUAAUGCGACCAAGAAAGAAAUGUCAGCGAAUGAAUCAAGAGGGAGCUUCUUUAGACGCAGGAGAAGUUCUAAUCGUCGAUCGAAGAGCCUAGGGAAGGAACACUGGGAUGACAUUCUUUUCUCAGACACAGUAUCGAAAUUCCCUGCUUACGAAAGAGUUCUACUGAAGCAUCCUGGUUUCACAAGACCUGUGAUCUUGUUUGGUCCUAUUGCGGAUGUGGCACGAGAUAAACUUUUGAAAGAUUUUCCAGAUAAGUUUAUAUCGCCUCAAUUAGACACGACAGCAGAAGAACACGCCAAGUCCCAAAAAACUUCUUCCAAUAUUAUACGAUUGUCAGCAAUUCGUGACGUUAUUGCUACCGGGAAGCACGCCUUGUUGGAUAUAACACCAAACGCAGUCGAGAGGCUUAAUUACGCACAAAUGUAUCCAAUCGUGGUGUUCUUUAAAGCUGAAAGCAAAAUUGUGAUCAAACAGCUGCGACAAGGUUUACCCAAGUCUGCCCACAAGAGUUCCAAAAAGCUGUUGGAACAAUGCCAAAAACUUGAUAAAGUCUGGAACCACGUUUUCAGUGCUACAAUCACGAUGAACGAUAAUACAGACACUUGGUACCGCAAAGUGAGAGAUAUCAUUGACAAGCAGCAAAGUGGAGCUUUGUGGAUGAGCGAAAGCAAGUUGGGGACAGACAUUUUUUCCGACAUUUAUUACCCUUGUAUCACCUGUAGACCUAAUAGAUCCAAUUCCUUGCCUAACAGGUAUAGACCUCCACGAAGUCGUACUAGAAAGGCGCCGCUUUCUAUGUACAGCCGUCCUCAGUUUAUUUAUCCUUUGGUGCAUUCCCAGUUCUCUCCUAGUCAGAAUAGCUUAUACAGUUCCAGUAUCGGCCUGCCAUAUCCUGAAGAAUCACUGUCAGAUGAUUUCCUAUUCCCAAUGUCUUCAUUACGACUUUCGUAUGCAAGUAGUCCAGAGAGUGAUUUAGAACACAGUCCUGGACCCCCAGUUUCAUCAAAUUCUCCGACUGCUGGUAGGCUAACGAAAGCAAGUUCUGAUCCUAGCGUUGUAAUGCCUGACAGCAGUACUACAGAUGUACUGCCACCAUAUCAGCCUUCCUACGAUUCUCGAUAUGGGUUUAACAAUCAGACCAAUGACAGUCAGUUAAAUUUAACCAAAGAACCUACUUACACUUUGUCGAAUCAGGAUAUUCCCAGCGCCAUAGAUCAAUAUGGCAAAAGCGGAUUAUAUAAUACGCAAAUGGAUACCAGAAACGAUUUUACUAACAAUCAGCAUAAAAGACAAGCAAGUACAGUUCAUCACGGUUCUUACAACCAUCCAAAAGGGCAUAGCAUUAGUGAACAAAGUCCUAGAAGAAGUCCCAAAGAAGGGGUUUACGGACAAGUCCCGGAUCUACCACCACGAAUAGAUAGAGCAAUUAAACCCAUUGGUUUGAUAACCACUCCCAACAAAAUCCCGAAUGGGCGUUCGGCACAUGAAAGACUUUUUGGCACUAAACCUGGGCAACCUUUAGACAAUGUCGAACAAAAUAAUAACGAUAAUAAUAAUUUCAGCAAUAAGCUGGGUUCCUUGGAGAGGAGUCAGAAUUCUAAAUCUGAUUCUCUUUCGAGUUACGAUUCUUUUAAUAAACAAUCCAACACUAGAAUCGGGCCAAACGCUCACGACGACCUUAAAACAACUCUUUCAAAAAUCGAGCCAGGUUCUGCUCAAAACAGUCCGUCCAAGUACAGUUCAGGACCCAGGUGGGACCAGAAUUCCCACAGACACAAUUCUAAGCUAGACCUUAAGUACGGUUUACCACAAACAGACCACAACGAUAACAGUCCCAGGAAUUCUCGUGAACUAGACAAAGAACCAAGACCUCUGGAAAAUGUGAGUCCCAGAGGAUCCGUUGAACGCGACAUCUACAGAUAUACAAGAUCCCCAGCAAAAUCCAAAGGUCACGUGGAAACUAAAACAGACUAUGGGAAAUACAGCAGAAACAACAGUUCUGCUCAAGAUUAUGCUAGAACGUCUCAUCAGGACUUGAGUCAGUCCCAUUUAAGUGUUCAUCAGGUGCCUGCGCAUCAUCAUUCACCAAUGAAAAGUCCACCGAUGCAUCAUAACGGUUUUGAUAAUGGUCCUGUUGGACACAUGGGUCCACCGAAUGGUAACGGGUACAAACCUGUUCCCCCGCCUAAACCUAAAAAUUACAAACCUCCGUAUAAAGGCCAACAAGGAGGAUACGGCGACGGAAUGGUGCAACCUCCAAUGCCAACUUACCAGCAUGGAAAAAGUCACAGUAAUCCAGUGGACCAGAGAACUCAGAAUAUGAACUAUUAUUACAACAUGCCACAAAAUAACAGUUGGCACACUGAAACGGCUGUGAGAUACAACUCAGAAAUGCACGGUCCUUACGAUAUGGCUCCACCUUACGAAUCCCGAAGACACCCGAGCAUAUCAUAUGCAUCUAGAAGUGAGAUUACACCAAUCGCCCAACACGAGAAUCCAUAUGGUAUGGAAGGGUCUGACAUGCUGAUGGAUGCAAGACCACCAGAACGAAAUAAUAUUGUAGAUUUACAAGGAUCAAGAGAGCAACGCGGAUCUGCUUUCGAACUGUAUAGGAAGCCUGUACAUCAUAAUUUAAGGGUUCAGGAUGAUGGCGCUUUAUUCGGAUCACAGCCUAACAUAAUACAAAAACUAAACACUAACUCGCCUAAAGUAACGCCAAAACUAACAAAAACCCAAUCGUUCAAACAUCACCGCACCGAAGGCGGCGGACUCAGUCCAGCGAAAAUCUUCCGAAAAUUCUCGUUCAAAUCGAAAAACCGAGAAACUACCCCGAAGACGUCGAAAAAAAUGCUGUCUGUGAAACCGAACGAUGACCGAAUGCGGCCGAGUAAACGCGAUAUUACGUCGGCCAUCGUUGACCACCGAGGUGGCACGAUGGUAAACGAAUACUGGGGAGUUUCGCUGGAAAUCCCGGAAAACGCCCUUCCCCCAGGGGAACAAAAAGAAAUUUAUUUCGUUAUAUCUGAUCCGAGGCUGUGUGAAACGAAUGGGCCCCCGUUGGACCUGGAAAACGGUGAAGCAAUGUUGUCUCCGAUUGUCAUGUGCGGACCUCAAGGUACUGAAUUUUUGAAGCCUGUGAUCCUAAAUAUUCCGCAUUAUGCCAAUACUUUACCCAGUCUUGGCAUUAGUCUGAAAGCCACCGAUUCUGAGCAAGACAUGCACACCGACUGGGACAAUAUUCUAUUACCUAGUAAUCACGCCGCUAACAGCGUAGCCGUCAAAGUCGAUCACUUUUAAAUUUUUUAACGACAAAUUUGCUCAAGUUUGCCAUUUUUAUUUUCAAGUACUCUAGAUUUUAUAUUCUUUAUUUUAACUGUAACACUUUAUUUUUUGACUGAUGUAACUGCAAUUUGUUUAUAAUUUUAUUUGUAAAUAAACAAAAUUUUAUUUUGA